AUGUCCACCAGCCAUGAAAACCAGCAGCAACGAGGGCCCCCCUACGCCCCAACAACAGCAGGACUAGGCGGCCACCCAACCCUCGCAACCGACAUCCCCAUCGCCUCAAUCUUCAUAACCCUCUACCUAAUCUCCGCAAUCGCCAACCUCCUAACCUUCCGAAAAAACCAUCGAAAAUCCCACAAGUUCCUCUUCAACAUCCUCCUCCUCCAAUUCUCCCUAGCAAGAAUCCUCACCUGCGCUCUACGAAUCGCCUCAGCAGUCAACCCCACCAAUAUCAACCUCGCCAUCGCAGCCAACAUCUUCGUCAAUGCGGGGAUUUUACUCGUCUACAUUAUCAAUUUGAAUUUCGCGCAGAGGAUUCUUCGUGCGAGACAGCCAGAAAUCGGAUGGAAUCCCUUAUUCCGAGGGACGGUCAAAAUUUUAUAUGUAUUGAUGGCGAUGGCGUUGAUGUUGCUUGUGAGCUUCAUCGUUGUGUCGACUUAUACCCUGGAUGUCGAGUUGAGAGAUGUGGCGAGGAAGGUGCAAUUGGCUGGAAUCACUUAUUUUCUUGGCUUCUCUGCUCUGCCAUUAUUGGUUCUGGGGAUGAGUUAUAUCUUGCCGGUGUCUAAACGCGCCGAGUCUUUUGGGAGUGGGAGUAUGGUUUCCAAAACUUUGAUUGUGGUUGUCUCGACGGCUUUGUGUAUUUUGGGAGCUGGGUUCAAAGCGGGAGCUAUUUGGGAGACUCCCAGACCGAUUGAGCAUCCCGCUUGGUAUCAGGAGAAGGCUGCCUUUUGGGUGUUUCUCUUUGCUAUUGAGGUGGUUAUUCUGUACUUUUUCUUGGCUGUGAGGAUUGAUGAGAGGUUUUGGGUUCCGGAUGGAAGUUCGAAGUUGAAGACGUAUCGGAUGGAAAGGGCGGUGGUUCGUGAGGGUGCGGAGUUGCAGAGAAGGGAAUCUACGAGCAGUAAAGCACGAGCUUCCAUUGACGACGAUAAGAAGUCUUUGGCUUGA